GCGCUUGCCGACCCUGAAAUCCCCGGAUGGUGUUGUGUCGUAGCGUCUGUGAAGAUAUAGUAAUACGCCAUGCUUGGUACAGAAAUCACAAGAUUUCUGUCCCAAAACUGGCCAUAAUUUCUUAAGAAAUAAUUAAGACAGCAGUGGUAUGCUUUUAAGAAAGGGUAUGUGUGAAGAACAACCGUAUUAUUUCAUAAAAUGGAUGGAAAUAAACCUCGCAAACCGAGCGAACUCGAGGGAAGAGAGUUCCAAGAUAAAAGAAGAGCCAAUGGUAUCGUGUCAACUGAAGAUAAGAUCUUCCCAAGGCCACUGGCUGUUACUCAAGGGUUAAGUCCUCUUUUAUUUCAUCAGCCUAUGUUACCACUACAUCGACAACAACCUGGGAUGCAGCAUUUUCAUGCCCCUUACCUAACACAGGCUAGCCUCUUCUUCUCUCCCCAAUUAAUAAACUCUCACCAGCUCCCAUACAGCCAACAACAAAUAAUAAGUCAGAGGGGAGGGGUAAUUCACCAGGUGGCCUCCCUGGUGAGACUAACCACAGAAGAAAGGCUACAACAGGAGUUGAAUGGGUCAUCACGAGAGCAGUACAGCAGAGAUAGACCCAUCUCUUCAACCUCUGAAAGAUCUCAAGGCUCACCUGAAGCACCCAAAUCACAACCGAUGAAAGUCAUCCAUCAAGUUUCUCGAGAUGAAAAGGACUAUGAACAAGAUGACUCUCCUUUAUCACAAUCCAUGUCUUGUGACUCAAUGCCUAGUACUCCCAAAUCAGAAGCAUCGCCCCAAGCGCCAAUCAAGUCCCCGGAGACCCCGCCUAGUUUUUCUGCUGCGUCUCCGCGGCCUGUUGUGAAUGAGAUAUGUGCAAUAUGUCUUGACAAGGCUACAGGCCAACACUAUGGUGUCACUAGCUGUGAAGGCUGUAAAGGGUUCUUCAAGAGAAGCGUUCAGAAUAAAAAGGAUUACACAUGCCGCAACCUUACUAAAGACUGUCCCAUUGACAAAAGGCACAGAAAUAGGUGCCAGUACUGCCGUUUUCAGAAGUGUAUCCAGGCUGGAAUGAUAAAGGAAGCGGUGAGAGAAGAUCGUACCCCAGGUGGAAAGCACAAGUCUAGUCUGCUACGGACCAAGUCUGUACAAGAUGCAAUCCCUUGCAAAAUGCGCCGGACAAGCUCAACCUCCUCUUGUAGCUCUGUACUAAGCUCAGCAACAACUGCUGCUCAGGUCAAACCAACCAAAGAGUAUAUAGAAGUUAUUGAUGAGCUAAUAGGAAUAUACAAACUGGAUAAUCAGUCUUGCGAUGACUGCCCAGGCUGCAAAGAAACUGGGAUGAAAGAAAAGACUCUUGCUCAUCUUACCCAGCUUGCAGAACAGCAGCUUGUUAGGUGUGCCAGUUGGUUUAAGCACCUAAAACUGCUAAAGGGCAUCUGUGAACUCGACCAGCAAACUCUUGUCACUAAUGUUUGGGUGGAGCUUAUGCUUGCCAACCUUAUCAAGGAGUCUGAGAACUUAGAGAACAAAGCUAAACUCUGUGAUGGACAGAUUCUGGAUUUUGAGACUGCAGAGAUUACAGGGAUAGGAGACAUUUUGCAAAGAGUGGUACAAAUGGCAGCUAAGUUUCGUGAGUUUCAGCUGGAGAAAGUGGAGAUUGUCUGCAUGAAAAUGAUUAUAUUAUUGAAUCCAGAUCUACCUGGCUUACGAAAUCAACAACUGAUUGAGCAACUUCAAGACAAAGUCCACUCUGCCCUACAAGAGCACAUCAACCUUGCCUUCCCCAGGGAGCCAAACCGCUUUGGCAACAUCUUACUCAGAUUGCCCGAGCUGAGGUCCAUAGGAACCAAGAGCUUGGAGCGACUGUUCAUGUUGAACCUCACAGGACAGAUACACCCCUCCACAUCCUUGUCAGACCUUCUCCACACUGGCAAGAGAUAACCAUGCAUUCAUUAUCAUAUGGGAUUGGGGCUAUGAAAAUAGGAAGCCAAGAGCGAGGUUUUCCCGGUGUCAAACCACUGCGAUCUGAAAUUGUCCGAGGGGAACGAACCCUGAUUACUGUCGUGCCACCACAGGGAUGCGGAAGCAUGUCUAGAAAAACGAACUGUCUUCUACUGAAAAGCGCCAAUCCAACAGUCAGAAUCCAAUGGUCUUUGUAAUAACCGAUUGGUUCGUGCGAGUGAGUGAUUACACCAGUUGCAGAAAUUUAGCUUUGUGAUAAGCCUCCACUCAAAUGUUCAUAAAAGUCAUAAUGUGCUUGUCAUGGUGGGUGUACUAGUUUUGGUUGUGUUUCAUUUACCGCAUUGGAAAGCUCGCUUUGUGUGAGCAAUACCAGGAGCUCCAUCAAUGUGCAGGACAGCUCUCGAACUCUGAAAACAUGAAACUUACAUCGUUAUAAGGAUUUAGGCUUAUCCUUACCAGCAGCUCCACCUAUGGCAGGUCUGCUAUCGAACUGUAUCACUAAACGAUCACGUGGAAUAUAUCGGGCUUAGUAAGCGUGCUAUGUUCCAGAAGUACCAGAAAAAAUUGACGAGCUCCUGCCAGAGCCUGAUCUUAAAAAAAACAUUAUCAUAACCAUUUUGUUAGUGCUGUGUGGACCGACUUAGAUAAAGGUCAUAAUAUAUAGUGAAUUAGGCUUGCCAGUUUAGAAGUACUGCUUUGACUGAUGUAUUUUCUACUAGCAUGGCACUUUGCAGGCGCCACCGUGGGCACCAUGACAUGGGUAAGGAUAGUAGCCAAUAAGGACGCAGAUGUUUUGAAUGACAUGAUCUUCAAAAUCUUGAAUGUUUGCACCAUAUUUUGAGCUCGCAUUUCAUUGGUUAAGUGGAGUUCAUGUCAGUCAAACUACUUUUCCCGCAAUCUGGUUGGCUGGCUUUUAAAAACUGCUAAGCUGCUAAGGUUACAGCGGAAGCACACGUUGCACUGUAACUGAUGUAGGCAUUCGUUGGUAUCGGGUUUUCUAGUUCCUCUAGGUGGAACAUAGCAGUACCGUAGCCAACGGUCCCUUGGGUGUUUGAACGAGCCCCUAGUAACAAACACAGACGUCCGCUAACUAGAUAAGAAGAAAAUGCCAUAAAACCUUGUUGGUUACGACUCUCACAGCACGAGUUGUCGAUUGGGAAUGACUCGAAAUUGGUACUUAUGCUUGCAGGGACGUCUGCUGUAGAUUCACACGGGGUUCCCCUGUAUAUUCACUUCUAUGUGUGAUAGCUACGAGAAAGCGAAUCUCCCGCUUAGAAGUGUGCUAUCACAGAGACCCGAAUCACAUUAAACUUGUCAGUGUGAAAAUACACACUGUUCUAGAUUUGUAUUGAGUCCUGUGUUGUCAUGGUUUCAAGAUUUGAGUGUGAAACUAUCAGAUUAGAAUAUUUUAACAGGUUUAUACACUACAGGCUCUAGUGAGCAUUUUUUGUACUUAACGCUAUCGUCGUAAAAGGCCAAUCUCGUUUUAUAUUUUGAUCACGUAUUAAUUUGAAUAGGUGUGAUUCAACUUAAACUGUGAAACAGUUGUAGGAUGUAAACACCAAAAAGCGAGGGAGAAAAUACAAAUUGGUUUCUUUUAUGAUUAUCUAACUAUGUACUUAACGGUAGGUAGUGUUUCACGGAUUACGUUAUUAAAAUAUCUUACCAUA